AUGAAUAAGAGUUUCGGAUCUAUUGUCGUUGAUGCAGUUGGAUUCAAGAACCUCCCGUUUUUGGAAAAUGAUUGUCGAAAUUAUAUUGACAAGGCAAAACAUAUGCGACUUGGGAAAGGUGGCGCCGGAGCGCUUCAAGAAUAUUUUUUAAGGAUGCAGUACAAAAAUCUUGAGUUCUUUGCAUUGAUGGAUUUAGAUGAUGACGAGAGGUUAAACAAUGUCUUUUGGGCAGACCUCCAUAGUAGGGUAGCAUAUCAGUAUUUCAGUGAUGUGGUCACAUUCGACACCACAUAUCUGAUGAAUAGAUAUGGGAUGCCCUUUGCACCAUUUGCUGGUGUAAACCACCACGGCCAGUCAAUUUUGUUAGCUCCGAGAGCUAUUACCACAGAUCAGGACAGAGCGGUAAAAAAUGCGAUUGCCAUUGUAUUUCCAGAAAGCCGACAUCGAUUUUGUUUGUGGCAGAUACUGAAGAAAGUCCCUGAAAAGCUUAGCUCACAUGCUUCAUACAAAAAUGGGAUGAAAACUGAAUUGAUGAAAUCUGUGUAUGACACCCAAAGUGUUGAAGAGUUUGAAGAGAGUUGGGAUCAGCUAAUCACCACGUACAACUUGCAUGAGAAUGCAUGGCUGCAAAGUUUAUAUGCCGAGCGUCAGCAUUGGACAAACUUGAAAGAGUUUGUAGACCAAUUUGAUAACUCGUUGAAAAAGAAAAUUGAGAAUGAAACUGCAGCGGACUUCCACUCAUUUAAUGUCACUAUUCCAUGUAUAUCUAGAUCUCCAAUUAAAAAAAAAUUCAAAGAUUUGUACACGAAUGCUAAAUUCGGAAAAGUUCAACAGCAAAUUACCGGCAUUAUUGAUAUGGAUCCAAAGUUACUUAAGAGUGACGGUGUUGUAAAGACCUAUCACAUAGAGGAUGAAAUUUGUGUUGAAGAGUUUACUAAGCAGGUUACACACUACAUGGACUUUAGUGAGGAAGAUACAGUCGCAAAGUGUUCAUCGGGUUCAGACAAGCAUACUGUGGAUGCAACACAAAAGUUAUUUGCAAUGAUUGACUUAUAUGGUGACAACCAAGAAUCCCCAUCAAUGAUGGUCACGGGUUCCAAUCGAGAUGGAGGAGAUACACCAGUGGUGGCGACUUGUAGGAAUUUAUUUGCCACUUCACAAAGUAUGCAAUAUGGAUUGGAUGACUCACAACCGGUGCAGUAUGGGAUGGAUGAGCACUCACCAAUGCAACUAGGGUUCGAUGAGACAACCGGCAAUAAUGAGAUAGUUUAA